CCUAAAUGUCUGACUGUCCGUCCACACACACAACGCACACAGCACACACAGUUCUUCAACCAACUACAGCACCUACCUUACCCACACGCCCAUAGAUGCACUCAGUGCACACAACCAGCCACACUAGCAUUCUCCCCCCUCCCCUCCCCUCUCCCCUCUCUCACACUGUCUUGAGCUUGUUAUUGCUCAAGUGGGCUGCCUGUGUUUGCCUCUGCCUGUGUGACCGAUAGAGGCCAAUGCCCGCAUACACCAGCCGCUGGAGGAACAGAGACCAUACACCACCAAUCCACAACAACCUGCACACACAUCACAGCAAAUGUCAAGAUGGACACACACCCUGCCCCUCCCCCUCUCCCUGUCGAGCGCAGGCAGACUGACCUACCUGAUCCCAGCCCCCGGCAGCCGUGCGAUGUGCCUGAUGAUCCCCGCACUGGCCAAGGUUGCCAAGAGCAUGCUGCCCCCAAGCCACUUGAACCGUCCCAUACCCACCAAACUGCCCUCGAACACCAGCACCAGCCAGGUGAGCGGCUCCAGGAGAGCCACGACGGGGAUGAGGGACAAGAGGCGCCCACGGACUGCUGCAUCAGACCCGAACCAGCUCGGGAUUGAGGGCCGCAGAGCGAAGAGGAGGCCGCUGAGGAGGCAGCUGCAUGCCGCUGCUAUCUUGAGACACUGUUUCAGCACUUGACCGAUCUGCUUGGGCUGCUUGGCGCCACUAUAGCGACCGAUCAACACCUGAGAGACCGAAGAGCAGUCACACAGAGCGUCGAGUCUUGGGAGGAACAGGUGCUUGGAGGCCAGCCAGUGAAUAUAUGGGAUCUCGUGCCGUGCUGUGUGUGACUGACCUGUGUUGAGACGGCGAUUGCCUCUCCACCCAUGGCAAAGAUGAGAAACAGCUGCAGUAUUGCAUUGUGAGCUACACAAAUAUGUGCACAAACAGCAGUAAACAGCCGAAUGAAUCCAUCCGGCCGCGGCGCGGUGUCUGGUGAGUACACCAUCCAUACCAGCCACGUGGACGACGCCCAUCUUGGUGGCCGACGCAGUGAUGGUGGCCCAGCACACCAGCAGAGAGAAACUCCGGACAAGCAUCGCACUCGAGGCCGACAAAUACCUACGCAGCGUCGUCACGGCGGACGACAAACCUGCACUCACACACACAUGCGGUCAGUGUACUACUAUGGAACGCAGAAAUCAGGCAGGCAUGCAUGGUGGGCAGGGACUGACAUCUCACCCACCCACCUUGAAGUGAGGGGACCUUGAGGCGCAUCGAUUCACGCCGACGGUAGAACAGAACGGCAUAAGUGAGAGCGGCAGCGUAUUGGGCGACGGCUGUGGCGGCAGCUGCCCCAGCAGUGCCCCAUUGGCAAGAGAAUAUCAUGAUGGGAUCAAGGAUCAGGUUCACGACAGCUGCCAACAGGGAGGCGAAAAGGGGCGUUUUGGUGUCACCAAAACCACGGAAGGCUCCCUGUGGGUGAAUGGGUGGGCACAAGGUCAUCAUGGAUGGAUCUGUCUGUCUGUCUGUCUGUCUGUCUGCAUCAGCCCAGCCUGUGUAUGGCUGACUAACCUCAGCAACUUGUGUGAAGACCACUGAAGGGGCUGCCCACGCUCGAGCCUUCAGAUAAGCCCGUGCAUCGAGUGCCAGCGGGUCAACGCCGACCGCACCCACUCCCAUGCAGCCUAGGAUCGGCCCACACAGCAGCUGCAGCGCUGCCGCGAUGAUGACUCCCAUCCCGACAGCGAGAAAUGAAGACUGCACGACCAGUUCGCCGGCUCGGUCGUUGUCUCUCGCGCCCAGUGCACGAGCAACGAGCGAUGUGGUUGACUGCAUGAGUGCCCUGAAGAUCCCGAAGCUGACGUGAAAGAUAGAGAUACACGGCCCCAAAGCGGCCAAAGAAGUCGCACCGAGCCCUCGCCCCACAUAAAUGUUGUCAAUGGUUGAAAGAGCCUGAACCGAACCCACACACAAGUGAAGUAGCGAGCGACACACACAUGACAUGGCAUGACGCCACUCACUCCCCCCAUGGCAUGGAACGAGUCUCCCACCUUGAUUACCUCCCUCCAACCCCCUUACUUACCGGAUCAACCAGAUUUCCCAACAGGGCAGGCACAGACAAGUCACGAAUGGUCUUCUGCAGAUGGCUGACGGAGCUGUUGUCCUCUGCACCACCAUCAUGAUCUUGUUCAAUGCUGACUGGGACCUUGGUCGUGCUCUCGACAAGGGACGGCAUGGUGGCGGCAUCACCUUCUGAAUCACUGCCAACAGGAUCUGCCUGUGCCUCUGCUAUGGCGACGCCUGGCCCAUUUGCUUCCGCAUACAGGCCGGUCUUCGGUCUUGCUGCUGCUGGUCUGAUGAGCGGGGCAGCCUGGAUGACGAACGCUGCCGAGGUCGGUGCAUCCUUCGCUCCUGAGCACAAUACAAGAUGUAGCAGCACACUGGCUGCCGAGUGCAGGAUUCGAAUCCCUGGGCCAUCCAUUGCGGGCAGCGGCACCUGCG